AUGGGUUUCACGAAAUUGUUGAGCUCAGCUCUCCUGGCUGGUGCAGCACUGGCGAUGCCAGCUGCCGAGAUCGUCGGGCGCCAGACGACAUGCUCCGUUCCCUCGAGCGUUCCGACCGUGAACAACGGGCAGCUUCCAGACCCUUUCAUCUUUGCAGACGGCAAGAAGGUUACGACCAAGGCCGACUUUGACUGUCGGGCCCAGGAGAUCAGCAAGAUCAUGCAGCAAUAUGAACUGGGCGACUACCCACCGCCGCCCGACUCAGUCAAGGGCACGCUCUCGGGCAACUCUCUCACGGUUGCUGUAACUGUUGGUGGGAAGUCUGUCAGCUACUCGGCAUCCAUCAGCAAGCCUUCUGGGAGUGGUCCCUUCCCUGCUAUUAUCGCCAUAGGCGGCUCCUCGCUCCCCAUCCCUGCUGGGGUGGCGACCAUCAACUUCAACAAUGAUGACUUUGCCUCUCAGGCAUCGAGCUCGUCUCGUGGUCAGGGCAAGUUCUACACUCUGUUCGGCGCAUCGCACAGUGCCGGAGCCCUCACUGCCUGCCUGGGGGGUCGACCGUCUCAUCGAUGCACUGGAGCAAGAGCCUUCGUCAAGCGCAUUGCCCUGACCCUCCCACAAGAAUCUGGAUCCGGUGGCGCUGCGAGCUGGCGCAUCAGUGAUCAGCAAAAGAGCGCCGGCGCCAACAUCCAAACAGCAGGCCAGAUCAUUGGCGAGAAUGUCUGGUUCUCGACGCGCUUGAACACGUAUGCCAAGGCGACAUCGACUAUGCCCGAGGACCAUCACUUCCUGGCAGCCAUGACGGUUCCGCGAGGUUUGUUUGUCAUUGAGAACGACAUUGACUGGCUGGGCCCCGUCUCCACCACUGGAGCUAUGAAGGCAGGAAGGGUGAUCUACAAGGCGUACGGCGUGCCCACGAACAUGGGCUUCUCUCUCGUUGGCGGUCACAAUCACUGCCAGUUCCCCAGUUCCCAGCAGGCGGAUCUGACUGCGUACAUCAACUACUUCUUGCUGAAGACUGGAUCAGCCCCAGGGGAAAUCGAGAAGAGCCCCAGCAAUGUCGACAUGUCGCAGUGGACAAAGAACUGGGUCGUGCCUACUUUGACCUGA